CUUUACUAAAUAACCCUAUUAGUAUUAGACCAACCCCAAGUUUUAGUGUUUUGAUUGGUUUUUCAUAUUUAUUUAUUUACAUUUACAAUAUGAUAUUUUUUUUUUGAUGUGGACAUAAUAUCUAGCGUUUAAAUCCAACCAAAAAUAUUUUAAAAAUCUAAAAACAUUAAUAAAAAUUUGUAUGCGUAGUCAAACUUCAAAUGAACGAUUAAACAAAUACAUAUAACCAAAUAGUUUAUAAUCAAUCUAAUCCGAAUUUGUCAUUUGUAGAUUGGAUCGUUGUCUUUGGUUAUAAGAAGAAAAAAAAAAUCAAAUGUUUGAGAUGGUAUGACAUUCAAUCUUGAAUUAAGGCCACUUCAUAUAUAUUCAAAUCGAAUUAGUUGAUGAUCAACGUCAUACAAUACGAGUACGACAAAUCAAGGGUAUUUUCGUCAGGAGAAUUUACGACGAGAAAACUGGAUUCACGGCCCAAUGCUCUGAAGUUUUCAAUGUCUUUUUUUUUUUGUAUCUGACAUCAUAAAAUAAAUCAAAUAAUACGAACGAGAAUAUUUGUUUUCAAAAAAAUAAUGAAAAAGACAGAAUCUGAAAAGGUGGGAAGAAAAGUUCAUAAGGUUUUUUUUUUUGGUUAUGACUCGUCUCUGUUCUUUUUUUCUUCUGCUUCGUUCGUUGUUGGUACCACUCUUUGAAUCUCUCGUUUCUUUUCAAGUACUUGUUCUUUUAAACUCUUGUCAUGUCAUAUGACAUUUAAAGAUCUUUGAGAGAUUUGGUGUAGUGACAACUACAUUUUUCAAAUUUUCUCUGUUUAUUUCCCAUCUCCGACUUUUAAUUACGGGAAGCUGGAGAUUGAUUCGGUUUCAGCUUCGUAUGAUACUACGAGACUGAAACAGAGUUGCAACAAUGGCGAAGCGUGGAUACAAGCUGCAGGAGUUCUUGGCACAUUCAGCAAAUGUGAAUUGUCUAAGUAUCGGAAAGAAGACAACACGGUUCCUUAUAACCGGCGGAGAUGACUGCAAGGUCAAACUCUGGUCAAUCGGCAAGUCUACCUCUCUAACGAGUCUUUGUGGACAUACAAGCCCUAUUGACUCAGUAACUUUCAACUCGGAAGAAGCUUUGGUCCUCGCUGGAGCUUCUUCCGGUGUGAUUAAGCUGUGGAAUCUACAAGAAGCAAAGGUGGUUCGAGGUUUUACUGGACACAUAUCAAACUGUUCUGCUCUUGAGUUUCAUCCGUUUGGUCAAUACCUUGCGUCUGGAUCUAGUGACGCAACUCUAAAGAUUUGGGAUAUCAGAAAGAAAGGAUGCAUCCAAACGUAUAAAGGUCACACUCGUGGCAUUAGUACUGUCAAAUUUACUCCUGAUGGGCGUUGGUUAGUGUCUGGUGGACUUGACAACGUUGUAAAGAUUUGGGAUAUAACUGCUGGAAAGCUCUUGCAUGAGUUUAAGUUUCAUGAUGGACCUAUCCGUUCCCUAGACUUCCACCCUCUUGAGUUUCUCCUAGCCACUGGUUCUGCUGACAGGACUGUGAAGUUCUGGGAUUUAGAAACGUUUGAAUUGAUUGGAUCUACUAGACCAGAGGCCACUGGAGUUCGCUCAAUUGCUUUUCAUCCAGAUGGAAGAACCCUUUUCUGUGGAUUGGAUGAUAGCUUGAAGGUUUAUUCAUGGGAACCAGUGAUAUGCCGGGAUAGUGUUGAAAUGGGAUGGUCAACCCUUGGUGACUUCUGCAUCAACGAAAACAAGUUCGUUGGCUGUUCAUAUUACCGAAACUCUGUUGGGAUUUGGGUCUCAGAUAUAUCGAAACUUGAGCCGUAUGGAGCUGGAUCUGAGGAUGAGAAUGAAUGCAUGGUGAAAAGAUUCAGUGUCUUGGAUGAGCAGGCUUCUGAGAGAAAGGGGUGUGGCUCAAGGGGAAGUUCAUCCCCGGACUAUGAGACAAAAGAGAUAAAGAACAUAUACGUUGACUCCAUAGGUGGAACUUUGAAAGGGGCUAUUAGGGCGAGCGAGAAGCAGAAUGCAGAUGACAAGUCUUCAAGAAUGCAUAGUGUUGUGGAUAGUGAUAGUGGGGAAGAAUCUUCUCAUUCAAGAAGUGAAUCUGUCGCUUCCUCAAAAACUAAUCCCGGAAUGAUGCUAAGACCAGCUCAUGUAAGAAAGACUCUAGCAAAGUUUGAAGAAUCAGCGUCUGUUCAAUAUGGAACUCGGAAGAAAAGCUCACAAGAUAUUGAAGAGGAGACACAAACUCGAAAUGCUGAAGACUCAACCAUCAAGGGGAUUAUGUACAAGUUUGAAAAAGCUUUAUCAUCCGAACCACCAACUGAUGAAGCAACUCGCAUGCUGCAUAAGCCACCUCGUGUACAGAGGUCAUCCUAUAACAACAACCACAAUGAGUCAAGACGAGCAAUGUCUGUUGAUUCAGCGACUCUCAACAACAGCAAAGGUGGGUUGGAGUACUCAGGUAGAAACGUUGAGGAUACAAAUGACCAGCACAGUUCCACCAAAACUGAAAGAGUUCUUUCACCAGAAAAGCCUGGUGAUGAACAGACAAUAAAAGUUGUCUCCGGGAGAACACGCUCAUUAGUUGAGAGGUUUGAGAGAGGAGAAAAAAUUACCCAUACAGAAGAAGCAGAUAAUACUAAUGCAGUGGAGCAAGAUCCGGAUAAGACAUCAAGACAGACAGGUGAAGCUCCUGUGGUAGUAUCUACACGGCGAGCUAGAAGUACUCCAGCUCGAGUGAUGCCUAUUGUACUCAACAUGAAAUCUGAUGAGCCUCCUUCAACACAACCAGCUAGGACUUCUUCAGUUCCAGUGAUACUCAACCAGUCUACUAAUGAUGAGCCUUCUGUAUCAUUAACACAAUCUAGAACCUCUCCAGCCCGGACAUUGCCUUUGACACUCAAUCAGGCAACACAUAUUGUUUUGUCAAGAAGACCACGUAGGACUUCCUCAGCUCGAGUAAGGCCUAUGUCACUUAGUCAGGCAGUGAGCAUGACAUCUCAUGAGUGUUCUGUAACAUCAACACGUCCAGAUAGGACUUCACCUGCCCGUGUAACUCAAAUGCUGGCUACACCACCCACUGAGAUUGAUCAGGUGGCUGAUAUGGCUCAGGAUGAGACACAUUUAUCAUCACAAACUGAUAGUGACAUCACUGAGAAUCUAAUGCAAACUCAUGAGGAGUUCUUAAGCACUCUUCAAUCUAGAUUGACAAAGUUACAAAUUGUUAGGCAUUUUUGGGAACGUAGCGAUGUUAAAGGGGCAAUAGGGGCUCUGAGAAAGCUGACAGAUCAGUCUGUUCAAGCAGAUGUGAUCAGUAUUUUAACAGACAAGAUAGAGAUUCUUACAUUGGAUAUGUUCUCUCAAUUGGUCCCUGUCCUUACAAGCUUAUUGGGUAGCAGGACAGAAAGGCCUGUUAAUGUGUCCUUGGACAUGCUCUUGAAGCUUGUAGCAGUGUUCGGUACAGUUAUACGCUCAACUGUCACAGCUCCAAGGAUAGUCGGCGUUGAUCUUCAUGCGGAUGAAAGGAUACAAAUCUGCCAAGUUUGUUCUGCGGGACUGCACAAGAUUCAAAGGAUUCUUCCAAUUCUCGCAAGAAGAGGCGGUCUAAUAACAAGAAAGGCUCAAGAACUAAACCUUGUUCUUCAACAAACAUAGCCACAUGCAAAGCAAACAAUGAUCAUGGAGCUGCUCUGCAAGUUCUUUUUAACUAUAAACUGCAAAGAAGCGCCUUGUGUCUCACGGAACUUUUUAAUAUCUGCGGAUUCAUAUAUAUUAGUGAGAAAGGAAAUAUUUAAAUCUCUAGAAGAAAUACUUGGAAACUAAUUUGGUAUAUGGUUGUAAAUCAAAUCAUAUAAUUGGCCUGAGUAGCUUCAAUUCUUGAUUUGUUUGUUGUCA